AUGACUGUCUUACAACAAAAAGAUAUGCCUGGUAAUGAUAUGGCUAAUGAACAACCAAAAACUUACACAGAAUGUUGUAUUUGGUGCUUGUCGACGUCUGGAUGUCGUGGAUUUGUAUGGGGUUGGCCAAAUAAUACGAGUUCUUUUCAGCAAUCUCAUUGUUGGUUGAAAAGCAUACUUGUUGCUCCAACUAGUCUCGCACAAUUUACCAGUGUUCACUUCUAA